AUAUUAAUUUCUUUUACUUGUAUACAUUUUUCAAAUAUUUCAGUGUCGAAGACUUUAAAGCCGGUAGAGAGAAAGGAAAUGUAGUGACACAUAACGAUGGACUCGUUGUAUGGGUACAGUCAUUAAAAUUGAGAAGUUCAUGUUCCAUGGAUGUUUCUAGGUUUCCUUUUGAUGAACAAUAUUGCAUUCUGAAGUUUGGCUCAUGGACAUACAAUGGAUUACAAUAUCAGCGAGGACGGACUCAGUGGAUCUCGGCCACUUCAGAAUGGGAUCUAAUACAAUCAGAAUUAAAAGUUCAACUUAACCGAUAUCAUUAUGAAUGUUGCAGCGAGAUACCAUAUCUUGAGGUGACAGCACUAUUGGCCAUACGACGAGUACCUACAUAUUAUUUGUUUACCAUAAUUAUUCCUUGCCUCUGGCUGACCAUUUUAAAUUUGCUUGUGUUCUUGCUGCCAGCUGAUAGUGGAGACAAGAUUUUAUUAGGAGUUACCGUGUUUCUUUCACUUUCUGUGUUCAUGCUUGUUAUUUCGGAAAAAGUUCCAGGUAUGUAUUAGAAACUUGUCAUUUUUAUUAGAUUCCUGACGUUCGGACCGAGUUUUUUCUAAUUUUUGAAGUGUCAACACUUAGUUUAAUAUUUUACUGUUCCAGACAUCCUGUAAUAUUUCCACACUUUUUCGCAUUGUUACACUGCCACGCGAAUCAAAUGGUACUUUUUCAAAAAUAUUUCUUCGGGCGGGUGGGGAAAGGUAUAUAGUGAUCCUUGAUCGUUGACCUUUUAUUGAUAUAUUACACCCAUAUAAGCUACAUUGAAAUUACAAAAAGCUGGCACUAGGGAACAUCCCUCCUGAAACUUAGAAGUGUGAUUUACUGCGCUUUGAGAUAUUGAAAGGUGCAACAUCACGCCGUUUUCACGCCCCUUUCAUGGCCCAUCUUACUUUCAAUAAUAACAGAAGGACCAGUAAAGAUAGCAUAAGGGAUGAACACCUCUGGCCGAAAAAAUAGCGGCACAUAAAAUGUUUUUCAUAUGUCAAUUCUUUAAUACGCAUUUCAUGAGAGAAAAUAUAAAGACAAAGGCUCGGUGCUUAUGAAGCAAGCAUGUUUAUUCUGACCUGCAUUCGAGAUGAUUGUUAACAAAAAACAACAUAUUUGUAAACAUUUGCGGUAUUUAUGCGUUGACCACGACUUAUCUCGUUACAAAUAUGUAAGUACGAGGGCUGAUUGAUAAAUUCGCGGAUUUGUCCUCUAAAACCAAAUUACUUUAUUGAAUUAAAUGAAAACUUGAAUAGAGGUAAACCAAAAUGUUUGCAAUUUCAUUUUCAAAUUGCCGUAUAUAUAUCAAAAUAUUCCUACGAAUACACCGUGUCCAUUGCAACCACUGUCCUGUGACUUGAAGCAUGCAAUAUUAUAAAGUAUGAAUGAUAUAGUAUAAAUGUCACUGCCGGUAGUAAAUUAAAGCAAAUCUGGCGCUAACGUGUGCAACGUCAGUAACACGUCUUAAUGUCAGUUCCUGUAAAUUUAAAGACGAUGUAUUGAACGAUUGUUUCUUUGAUGAAAUAUGUUAAUGGGAAGCUAUGAAUAUACUUGGCAACAAUAAACAUAGUUUUUUUAAAGAUAUAAUUAUGAAACAAUUUCUAUCCUAAAAUCAAGCGAAAGUUAUUUUAUA